UUCUCCGUCUUUAUAAGAAUAGCACAUUUCACAAAAGCUAAUCUCAGCACUCAAGAAGAAAACAAAAAAAACCUAUGAAAAUGGGUCGUUUCGAAGGAUUUUAUCUUAGUGUUGUUCUGAACAGCUUCUUGUUGUUCUGUCAUGGUGGCACAACAAGUAGAUAUGUCAGGAGGUUAGAGGCAACGGCUGAUAUGCCACUCGAUAGUGAUGUAUUUUGUGUUCCUCCUGGUUGCAAUGCACCUCAACAGUAUGACACCAAGUACUACUAUAUGGUAGGUGUGGGACAAACCGAACGCACGUUCUGGUUCCUCACUCCUCCUAAACCUGGUCCUGACGUUCCCUACACGGUUGGUCUUAUUGGGGAACUUGGGCAGAGUUUUGAUUCUAACAUAACCUUAACACAUUAUGAGAAUAACCCAUUGAAAGGUCAAACAAUUUUGUUUGUUGGGGAUUUCUCAUACGCUGACACAUACCCGAACCAUGACAAUAAUAGAUGGGACAUUUGGGGAAGAUUUGUUGAAAGAAGCACAGCAUAUCAGCCCUGGAUUUGGACCGUAGGAAACCAUGAACUUGAUUUUGCCCCCCAGACUGGAGAAACCAAACCAUUUCAGCCAUUCAAGCAUAGGUACCGUACUCCUCACCGAUCAUCAGGCAGCACAGAACCAUUCUGGUACUCUAUAAAGAGAGGUCCAGCUUACAUAAUCGUGCUGGCUUCAUAUUCAGCAUACGGUAAAUACACGCCGCAGUACAUGUGGCUUGAACAAGAAUUCCCAAAGGUUAACAAAACAGAAACGCCAUGGUUGAUUGUUCUGAUGCAUUCAACGUGGUACAACAGCUACGAUUACCAUUACAUGGAAGGAGAAACCAUGAGAGCGAUGUAUGAGCUAUGGUUCAUCAAGAACAAAGUAGAUGUUAUUUUUGCGGGUCACGUCCAUGGCGAAAGAUCAGAAUGUAUAUCCAACAUUGCGUACAAUUUGGUUAAUGGAAUUUGCAGUCCAGUGAAAGAUCUAUCUGCUCCUGUAUAUAUCACCAUUGGUGAUGGAGGCAAUCUUGAAGGAUUGGCUACCAUAAUGACUGAGCCUCAGCCUAAGUACUCUGCCUUCAGAGACGCGAGCUUCGGACAUGCUAUAUCCUCAAUAAAGAACAGGACGCACACUUACUAUGGUUGGCACAGGAACCAGGAUGGCUGCGCUGUGGAUGGUGACACCAUGUGGUUCUUUAAUAGAUUUUGGCAUCCCAUUGAUGACUCUCCUGAUGAUGAUUCUUGAUGAGAACAUUAGUAUCUUAUUUGUAUGCAUCAAUUUUAUUGUACAUGUCCUUGUUCUAGAUCAAACAGCGAAAGUGUAGCAAAGAAUUAGAUCAAUAGACAAAUGCAGAAACUACAGAUUUUUUGAUAUAACUGUUUGGGUGUACCUAUUCUGGUUUAGAGAUUAUUAUGACUCAGAUUUUGUAUAUACAUAUUUUAAAUAUAAAAAAUUAAGAUCUUAUUUAAUA